AUGAAGAGGAUCUUAAUUCAUGCUGAGAUGGCUAGAAUGGACUUAAAAUGCAAAGAAUGUCAGAAAAGUAUAGCGAUAGGAACUUUAAAGCUUAGAAUUUUCCUUGGCUUUACAGACUUGCACCAUUUCGGUAAUUUUCAUCUUAACUGUUAUGAUCCUCCAGUCAAGCACUAUAUUCCUAAGACUGAUUUAGUUAUGCGUUUAGAUCCAGAAAAUACCAAAAUAUUAAACGAGUGGCUUGAAAAUUGAAAUAAAAAUUUUACCACACCUGCUACAAUUUUUUCUAAAAGUGUGAACUCAUCCCCUUCUAAAUAUAGAAGAUCCUGAAUAGAGAUCUUUAGAUUUCUCGAUGCUGUGGAGGUUUUAAAAAUUUAUUCCCAAGUAAACAAAGAAUUUUACCAUAUAUCAUGAGAUGAGGAAUUGUGGCACUUUUACUGUCUAAGAGAAUACUCAAAGGAUUUAAUAAAUAAUAAUGAGAAAAGUUACCGUUCGCAAUAUAUAAUUCUACGAACAGAAUGCUGCAAUUGAUGCCAUAUGUAUUUGGGUGGAGAAUAUUUUUAUAGGUGCCCUUUGAUGGGAAAGCCUCUUUGUGAAAACUGUAAAACCCUUACAUCCCCAAUCUAUGAUUGAGCCCAUUGUCAGAUCAAGGAUGGGGCGAAAAAAAAAAUAUUUAUAAAAUUUUUAACAAAUCAAUUUUUUAUAUUGUGAGAAAAGAUAGAGUAUGCAUAUAAAAGGCAAAUAUGUUAUAAAUCGCAUUAAAAUUGCAAGCGACUAUAGCAGAUUUCUAAUAUUCAUUACUAUCAAAGACAGGUAAUUAAAACUGAGGAAGAGCAAGCAAGAAUAGAUUUCAUGUUUUCUAUAAAAAAUUUUUCGAUCAAGUAUAGAGGCUAAUUUUCUUGAUUAUUAAGGAAUUUUUCAGUUAUGUUGUCCGAUCGGAAGAGAUUGACUCCCUUGGGAGUGGGAACCUUAAUUAAUAAUAAAGGAUGGGGAGAGUAAGAGAUUUGAACUGAUGUCGAAAGGCGAAAUUCUUGGAGAAUUUAGAAUAAAUGCAAAUAUCCUGAAUAUAAAAUUUGUAGAAGGAUGCUGAGGCCGAAAAAAUACUUAUAGAUAUAUGGUAGAAGAAGCAGUGGAGUCUAUGUGCAAACGAAAUAAAGAUUUUUUGAUAAAAAUAUUAAGGGAAAAUACAAAUCCAAUUUUAAUUGAUUUUAUUGAAAAGAUUGAUAUAAAUAAAAACAAAAUUUCAAUACCUCCCACCUCAAUAGCUAACAAAAUCAUUGAGAAAAUCCUACUAUUUUAAAAUCCCAUAUGUUACAAAUUUUAAUAUUAAUGAAUUCUAAUCUUUAUAACAUAAAUUUAAAUUUUUAAAAAAACAGUUUUAAAAAAGAAAAUUAGCCCCAUUCAGGAGUGAUCAAAAAAUCUUUAUUAGUUCAUGGAGAUGGGAGUAAUAGACAUCAAUCAAGUUAUAGACGAACCGAGAAAGGAAAUGUGUACAAUGAUUUAUGAAUAUGUAAAAUAUGGAUUUCACAAAGCUAAACUUUUGAAAUUGCUUACUCCCCCCCCCCCCCCCUCCGUGAGCGAACAAAACCAUUAGAAAAAUCGCCAUUUUUUGACCAAAAACCCACCCUCCGUGAGUGAACAAAAAUUUUUUUAAUAGAAAAAAUUUUAAUGGAAAAAAAUUUUGAUAUAUAAGUGAUAAUUAGUAUAAUGAAAUCUAGAGCUAAUUCUGUUUAAUUUUAAACAAAUUGCGUUUUAAAACAUAAAUUUUGCAAAUUAAAUUAAUAUUUGAUUCCCAAUUUUUGCAAAUUAGGAUUUUUUUUAAAUUUCGAAAAAAAUAUUUUUUAUAAAAAAUUUAUAUAUAAAUUUUUUUAAAAAAAAAAAUUAACCCCCCUCCGUGAGCGAACAAAAUUUUUUUGUUCGCUCACGGAGGGGGGGGGGGGGGGGAGUUAAAAAAUAUUAUAACUAA